AUGGUCUCUUUUGCCACUCUCUUGACAUUCGUCUCCGGCGCCGCCGCUCUCGGCAUCAACUGUAGAGGGUCUGGCGGGUGCACCUUCAACAACGCCAGCCUUCGAGAGGUCCUGACGCAAGUGCAGCAGAUUCAGGCCCAGGGCAACGGCGGCCACCACUACGGGACCGGAGGUGCAGCCAGCGUCUGCGCCUUUUACCAGAAUGGAGCAUCGGGCACCGCGGACCGCGCGGCUCAACUCCUCCAAGGCCUGAUUGACCACGGCUGCAGCCAGUGUGGAAGCAACCCGACAGAGCCGGGCAACGAUGUGUCCAAGGGCGAGCUGACGGUUAAUAUUGUGUCGGGCCCUUGCUGCAGUGGAAACUGCCACUGCCCUAUUUGA